UUGACAGAGCUCAACCUCGUCCCCACCCACCCCCAAAACCACCACAAUGUCGUCCGCGCAGUCGUUCCAGCAGGCUCCUCACAAGCUCCUGGUCAUCCCGGGUCCUGUCGAGUGCUCAGACAGCAUUCUGUACGCCAACGCCUCCCCCUCGGUCUCGCACGUCUCGCCCGCGUUCAUCUCGGUUUUCGGCGACUGCCUGCGCAUGCUGCGCAAGGUCCUGUACGCUGAGAAGACCGGCCAGCCGUUCAUGAUCGCUGGCUCCGGCACUCUCGGCUGGGACCAGACCGCUGCCAACCUCGUCGAGCCCGGAGAGGAGUGCCUUGUCCUGAACCACGGCUACUUUGGCGACUCGUUCGCCGACUGCCUCGAGACGUAUGGCGCCAAGGUCACCGUGCUCAAGGCCGCUAUCGGCGGCAUUGUCGACGAGAAGGAGCUCACCAAGGCUCUCAAGGAGAAGAAGUUCAAGCUCGUUACCAUCACCCACGUUGACACGUCCACCGGUGUGCUUGCGCCCGCUGCGCGCUACGCCGAGCUCAUCCACCAGGCGUCGCCCGACACGCUCAUCGCGCUUGACGCGGUGUGCGCGGCCGGCUCUGAGGAGAUCCGGUUCGACGACUGGGGCAUCGACGUGGUGGUCACGGCGCCGCAGAAGGGCCUGGGCGUGCCGCCCGGCCUCUCGCUCGUCAUGGCGUCCAAGAAGGCGCUCGGCGUCCUGAACGCCCGCAAGGCGCCCGUGUCGUCGUACUACGUGUCGUGGCGCCGCUGGCUGCCCAUCAUGGAGGCCUACGAGGCCGGCCAGCCCAAGUACUUUGCCACGCCGCCCGUGCAGCUCGUCACGGCGCUCAACGUCGGCCUGAAGCAGAUCCUCGACGACUCGCCGUCGCUGCAGGACCGCUUCCAGAUCCACAAGGACGUGUCCAAGUACGUCAAGGACGAGCUGGAGAAGAUGGGCUGCGGGUUCGUGCCGCUCUCGCGCGACCACUCGGCCAACGGCAUGACUGCCGCGCGCUACCCGCAGGGCAUCAAGGCCGCGGACGUCCUGGGCCCGCUUGCCGAGCGCGACAUUGUCGUCGCGGGCGGCCUCCACAAGGACAUUGCGUCCGAAUACUUCCGUGUCGGCCACAUGGGCGUGACGGCCGUCGACAAGUCGCGCGGCGACGUCGACAAGAUCCUCAAGAACGUCAAGGAGGUUCUGGACAAGGCUCGUGCGAAGCAGGCUUGACUCGCUCGCGCUUCGGCGGCGGACGCCGAGGCCGUCCGUGCAAGACUGUAGGAGAGGACAGUAGACAAACUCUUAUUGCGAACCAUUUGUAGGCAACAUGCAUCUCCUCGUGUACUUGUA